CCCCACGGAAGAAGAAGAAGAAGAAGAAGAAGAAGAACGACGACGACGACCCACUACUGUGCUGUCAAAAGGAUAACCGUUGUGUCCGUUUCAAAUGUAUUACUACAGGCCGACUCCGAUUAAGUCUGAGGCCAGUAACAUCAACAGUGAGGACAAACCCAGCCUGCCUCUCUCCUUCCACACUGAGUCCAAACCUACAGUCACUGGGUCCUGAUUGUGACAGUGGAGCCCAGUUUGCACUGCAGGAUCCAGAGAUGGCAUCAGUGAAGCUGGAAGACUGCAGUCAAACACUGGAGCUGAAUGUCAACAUUAAAGAUGAAGAAGAGGAGGAGGAGAUCGGGAAAUCUGUUUGUGAUGGGGACCAUGUUGAGACUUUCUCUACAUCCAGAGAGCAACAGCAGGAAGAUCACAGAGCUAAGAGGUCUCACCACUGCCCACAUUGUGAGGAGAUUUUCCCGUUUCUAUCAGGGCUAAAAAUACACCUAAAAAUACACACAGGAGAUAAUCCUUAUUCCCGCACUGACUGUGGGAAGAGAUUCACAACAUCACAUUCUCUGACAGAUCAUCAGAGUGUGCACUCUGGAGAAAAGCCUUUCUCCUGCUCUGACUGUGGGAAGAGUUUCUCUCGACUGAGCCAUUUAAAAAGACACCAAAGUAUACAUAAAGGAGAGAAGCCUUACUCCUGUUCUGACUGUGGUGAGAGUUUCGCUCAACUGGGGACUUUAAAAAAACACCAACGUAUUCACACAGGAGAGAAGCCUUACUUCUGUUCUGACUGUGGGAAGAAUUUCUCCCGAUUGGAUACCUUAAAAACACAUGAACGUAUACAUACAGGAGAGAAGCUUUACUCCUGCUCUCAUUGUGGAAAAUGCUUCACAACAUCAACUGAGCUAAAAGUUCAUCAGAGAACACACACAGGAGAGAAGCCUUACUCCUGCUCUGACUGUGGGGUGAGUUUCUCUCGACUGGGCCACUUAAAAACUCAUGAAAGUAUACAUACAGGAGAGAAGCCUUACUACUGCUCUGACUGUGUGAAAUUCUUCACAACAUCAACUGAGCUAAAAGUUCAUCAGAGAACACACACAGGAGAGAAGCCUUACUCCUGCUCUGAUUGCGGGGCGAGUUUCUCGCAACUGGGCAACUUAAAAACACAUGAACGUAUACAUACAGGAGAGAAGCCUUAUUACUGCUCUGACUGUAGAAAAUGUUUUAAAACAUCAACUGGGCUAAAAGUUCAUCAGAGAACACACACAGGAGAGAAGCCUUACACCUGCUCUCACUGUGGUGUGAGUUUCUCUCGACUGGGACACUUAAAAACACAUGAACGUAUACAUACAAGAGAGAAGCCUUAAACAUGCUCUUGACUGUGGGGCAAGUUUCUUUCGACUGGGCAACUUAAAAACACUUGAACGUAUACACACAGGAGAGAAUACUAGGGCUGUGGCGGCCAUGACAUUGUGUCAGCCGGUGAUUGUCAUAUAAAUACUUACCGGUCUCAUGGUAAUUAACCGGUAAUUAACCUAAACAUGUUUAGCAUGUCCUGGCUUCUACGCAUAGCCUACAAGCCACUGAUGCGGACCUUUUGAAACAUCUACAUUGUAAAAAGUAUAAUACAUCCAUUUAAUAUAGUCUACACCUUCACAAUAAAUCCAUUAUUUAUUUUAUACAGGUCUAAAGAAACAU